AUGCUUAUACCCGACGACAUCCUUGCUGCACAUGCAGCAGGGAGAAUCCCGAGCAAUGUCACUCUCGACUACCUCGCAGAGUCCCGCGAUAGCCCCGCCAUUGUGGGAAUCAUUUUCAUGAUAUGCUUCACUGGCCUGUUGAUGAUUGUACGAUUAUAUGCCCGGGCAUUCAUUGUGAAGAAGAUUGGGUUGGACGAUGCACUAGCAAUUAUAACUUUGGUAUUUUACAUUACCUUUGUCGUCCUCUCCAUCAUCUUGAUCAACUUAGGAAGUGGUCGCCACAUCGAAUACAUCCAAUAUGUGCUAUCACCUGACACCGUCCGCGACACCGAAGUCUUAGACUUCGUCGCCCACAUUCUCUACACAACGGCUCUAUUCCUCUGCCGUCUCUCCGGUCUAGCCUUUUACUACCGGCUCACAGCUCGCUCAACAAAACUGCACCUGAGCAUUAUCAUCGCGGCACCCCUCCUUCUCGCCGCCUACCUACCCCAGCUCUUGCUCUUGAUCUUCCACUGCCAACCGGUAACAGGGUUGUGGCCCUACGAGUGGCAAGUCGAGCCAAAGACCUACAAAUGUCUCUCAUGGGGACUCGUAUACUCGGUGAACUCGGGGCUAUCGCUCGCAUGCGAUCUGCUGAUGUUCGCGAUCCCAGCCGCACUCAUCAAGGGACUGCACGUCUCCUUACAAAAGAAGAUCAAGCUAUCGCUUGUGAUGUUCCCCGGUGUCCUCGUAAUCGUGAUCUCCGUAGUCCGCGUCUGGCUCGUAGCAGUGGGCCAAUGGGAUUCCGACGGCAGCUGGGCCUAUAAUCCAAUGAUGUGCGUCGAAAACGCCGAGAUCGCCGCAACCCUAGUCGCGCUCUCCGUACCAGCGCUGAAACCCGUCUUCGGGAGCCUGUUUGCGCACCUGACCGAGUACACUUCCAGCCACACGCGCACACGCUCGACAAAACUGCACAGUCUAGGCCAUACCAAGACUAUGGGCAGUGGUGCGGUCUCCAACAAUCGGGAUAGCAAGCGUCUCAUUAACUGGUCUAAGAUUGGGAAUGAUGAUUAUGAGAUGAUGCCUUCCGAGGUCUCGGUUUCGAGAGAUAUUAGUGGAUCGAGCGGAAGUGGUCGCAGUAGGGAGGAGAAGAGGAAGCAUGGUUCGAGGAGUCCCGGGAUUCGGGUUACGAAUGAAGUUAAUAUCAGUCGUGAGGAGGAGAGAGUUAGUGUUGAUAAGCCCGGGUCCAGGGAGAGUUAG